AUGGCUCAGUCCGCCCGCGUCCUCUCGCUGCUCCGCGGUCGCCUGGGCCGAAUGGGGGCGCCGGGGGCGGCCGGGCCCGCGUUCCGGGCCUUUCGGAGCAGCGGCGCGAGACACGAUGCCAUUAUUAUCUCAGGAACUGAAAUGGCCAAACAAAUCCAGAAAGAAAUACAAGAGAGUGUGGAGUCCUGGAUUUCCCUUGGGAACAGAAGACCUCACCUCAGUAUCAUUUUAGUGGGAGAUAACCCAGCGAGCCACACCUACGUCAGGAAGAAGAUCCAAGCCGCCUCUACUGUAGGUAUCUACAGUGAGGUUAUUCUAAAGCCUAAGGAUGUUUCUCAAGAAGAGAUUUUGGAUAUAACCGAUCAAUUGAACAUGGACCCAAGAGUCAGUGGCAUAUUAGUUCAGUUGCCACUGCCAGAUCAUGUGGAUGAGCGAACAGUAUGUAAUGGAAUUGCCCCUGAAAAAGAUGUAGAUGGAUUUCAUAUUAUCAAUAUUGGAAGACUAUGCCUUGAUCAGCAUUCUCUUAUACCUGCCACUGCCAGUGCUGUUUGGGAAAUAAUCAAAAGAACAGGAAUUGAAACAUUUGGGAAAAAUGUGGUUGUGGCUGGAAGGUCCAAGAAUGUAGGGAUGCCCAUUGCCAUGCUUCUACACACUGAUGGAGAACAUGAACGACCAGGAGGUGAUGCAACAGUGACAAUAGCUCACAGAUACACUCCCAAAGAACAACUGAAGAUCCAUACUCAACUGGCAGAUAUUAUCAUAGUCGCUGCAGGUAUUCCAAAGUUGAUCACAUCUGACAUGAUUAAAGAAGGUGCUGCUGUAAUUGAUGUGGGUAUCAACUAUGUCCAGGACCCAGUAACAGAAAAGAUAAAAUUAGUUGGAGAUGUGGACUUUGAAGCUGUAAAGAAGAAGGCUGGCUUCAUCACUCCAGUUCCAGGAGGCGUGGGCCCCAUGACGGUGGCCAUGCUUCUGAAGAACACACUCCUGGCAGCUAAAAAAGUCAUUUACUAG